AGUUUUGUAAACAACUUUAUUUUGAAUUUCUGUUUUCUCCGUCAAUCCGCAGUCAGUGCAACGGAUUUUCACCGGUUGUUCCGGCGAGAAUAUCCACCACCCGGGGAACAACGAUGGCCAAACCGCGCCCCUGUAUAGUGCCCUGCUGUCAGGGCGAAAAGUUCGAACUGGUGCACAAGUUCCCCUCGGAUCGGGAACGCGCCGAACUGUGGAAGACAAUCCUGAACGUUCCGGAACUGGGCCCACUCGACGUAGACACUAUCCGGGGACGGCACUUUGUCUGCAGUCGGCAUUUCCGCGAUUCCGAUUACAAAAACAAAAUUUCCAGGAGUUUAAACGUGACGGCUAAUCCGUCGUUGAAUUUGAGGGGAUUGUGUGAUCCCGAAGGAUUAAACCGGACGAUUCCUCCGAUGGGGCGUCCCUUGGUGGGCGAUUCUGGCUCGAAUGUGGUGACGCUCAGUUUGGAAGUGCAAUCGUUUCCAACGGAUGGAGUGGGGGUGGGUGAAUCCGACGAGAAAAACAUGCUGAGCUUUACGGGAGAUCCUUUGGAAGAAACCGUUCCGGUUCAAGUGGACCACCACGUAGAGGAGCAAAAUCCGGCUACAGUGAGGGUACCUAACUCGAUGGUGCUCUCGGCGGGGCAAAAAAGAAUUUUCGAGGCCAGUACGAUGGCGGGAAGUACGCCUGCAAAGAUUUUCCGAUUUCGGAAAAAGAUGAACAUAGUUAAAGUGGAAGGAGGAAUCUCGGAUCCGGAGAAAGUACAAUCCGUUCAAAAUGAUCCACUCAUUCUGAAGAGGGUUAAAGUGCUGUCCCCUCAAAAGACAAUCAUGAAGAUACGUCCCAUCGGGGAAAGGAAAAUCGAAACUAUUUCGGUGGAAACGCAAACAGAUAUUGAAGAGGCACCAAACGGAAGUGCCUCGAAGGACUUGGAAGCGGUUGAAGCGGAGGACAGGAGCUGUGAAGAACCACCACAGGAGAAUGAAAAACCAGUAACUAGCAGAGUGUUGGCCUUGUUGGAAUGUACGCCGGAAAAUCUGGAGAAAUUGAAGAAAAAGAUGAGCGGUGGAGCAGUCCUCUUUGACGAGAACUUGUUCAAGGAGGAAGAAGAGGAUGAAGCGGAAAGUGCCAUGCAAAAACCGGCUUUCGAUGAACGGCUUUUCCUCACCCUGAAGAGAGCGGAAUCCGACGAACCAAUCCGGGUCAGUUACAUCUGGUUACGGGACCAUUGCCGCUGUAACGAGUGCUACAAUCACGAAACGUUUCAACGAUCUCUGUCGAUUCUGGACGUCCCGGAGGAUGUUAGUCCUUCGAGCUACGAGAUUCGAGACGGCGCGCUCAAUGUUUUAUGGAAAGACAACCACGCCUCUUCGUACGAUCUGGAUUUCAUCUUUAGCGCACAGUUCCAGUUGUACAAGGAAUCUCUCGUGCAGGAGCACUCGCAACCAGCUCUGUGGGACCGUGAGCUGAUGGGCUUCUGCCCGGAAUACUGCCGAGUCAGUUUGAACGAGUUGCUGUGCGACGAUGAAAUAGUCAAGAAACUAGUCCACAGUCUCUACAUGUAUGGUGUUGCCUUCAUCGAGAAGGUCCCAGCCAAUCCGCAAAGUACGGAGAUGGCCGUCCGGCGGAUCUUCCCCAUCCACAAGACGUUGUUCGGCGAGAUGUGGACCUUCAGCGAUUCGAUGGACCACAGUGACACGGCCUAUACCAAGAACUACCUGGGGCCUCACACGGAUAACACCUAUUUUAGUGAUGCGUCCGGAUUGCAGGUUCUGCACUGCAUUCAGUUCAAGGGGUCCGGAGGGCAGACCAUCCUCAUCGAUGGCUUUAAGGCAGCUGAACAGUUGCGACUCAAGAAACCUGAGGUGUUUGAACGGCUUUGUAACUAUCCGGUUACGGGCGAGUACCUUGAAGAGGGCAAACACCACACAUACUGUGCGCCAAUUAUCAAGCGCAAUAUAAUCACCGGAGAGGUGGAACAGUUGAGGUUCAACAUCUACGAUCGGGCGAUUCUGAAAACGAUCCCGCAAGAGCAGGUUCCGCAGUUUUAUGCGGAUUUUAAAGAGCUGGGAGCGGAAAUCAACGAGGAAUCGAUGGCGUGGACCUUCCAGUUGACACCCGGAACGGUGAUGAUCUUCGACAAUUGGAGGGUGCUACACGGCAGGAUGGCCUACAACGGAAAGCGUGUCAUGAGCGGGUGCUAUGUGGCGAGGACGGACUACCAGAGUGUGGCACGGACGCUGGGAAUUAUCUCGUGAAUGAGCUAGCAGGUUGCAUGGCUGUAUGUACAUUUGUUAGUUUGUAUGUAAAAACCAGCGAACGAUUUUAAUGAAUAUGAAUCUAAUAAAAAAUGUGUACAUAAAAAAA